UCCUUCGCUUUAUAAUAUCAUGUGACGAGUCAUGUGAGAAACUGGAAGCUGUAGUUUCCUCACUCAGCUCUGAUUCCUCACACCGGAGUUUCUCCCUGAGGAGCAGGUUAUCCACGAUGCUGUCAUGGGUCAUUACAAUAUGCCUGCUGGCCUCUGCCUCCAGCAGACCAUGCGACAAUGAGGGAUCCAACAGCGAGCUGCUCCUGUCACUCAACAAGGAUUUGCUCCGCUCUCUGGAGAGGCAGGAAGGACCCCCUAAUCCCAGUGUGCACCUGGCUCUUCGUAUUUCUAGCUACCACAACCUUGCCAAGGAGAGCGGCCACUUAAUUAGACUGACAUCCCAUUUGCACAGUGACAUACAAAACUCUCUCUCUAGCAGUCAGUCUGUGACCGGCCUCUUGGCGCUGUACACUCUGGCUUUAAAAGCCUCCUGCUUCGACCUCAACACAGUUACCUUUACCGUCGGUGACACAAGUCACACGCUGCUGACACACCUGAAGAAGCAAAUGGAAAAAGAAAAAGAGCAACUUGCCUACAGCCACCGUCCUUUGACCAACUAUUACCAGUACUCUCUGGGUGUGCUCGCUCUGUGCACGAGUGGCAUCAGGGUCAACAACCAUGUCAGCAACAAACUAAUCAAGGCGGUGGAACACCAGCACUUAACACAUGGAGACACUGAGAGCAUCGAUACCUAUGCCAUGGCUGGGAUGGCACUUCAGUGUGUGAAAGACACUGGCAUCCAUGUGCAGAAUGCUGCUGAGCUCGACACAGCCCUCAGCAAGAUCAAGCAGAAGCUUUUGGCCUCUCGCCGGACCGAUGGCCAUAUUGGCAAUGAGUUCAGCACAGGUCUUGCUGUCCAAGCCUUGUUGGCAAUGGGCAGCCCAGUUGGAGAGUGUGCUGCCUCAAUGGUAGCCAUGAGGACAGAUGCCAGAAGAAACAUCUACCACAACCCCAUGGCUAUAUCUCAGAUCCUGCCUGCUCUCCAGCAGAAAUCCUACCUGACAGUAAAAAGCAUGCAGUGUCUCAAUGAGGAUGACACUUUGGUGCUGGAGCCCAUAGACCCUGUGACGGUUUUACCAAGUGAGGUCCACGUGACUGUGAUGGUGGAAGUGGUGACAUCCAGUGGGGAAGCGGCUAUUUACCAUGUCAAUGUGCCGACGGGCAGUUCUUUGUUGGAGGCCCUGGAACUUCUCAAAGGGGAAAACGUUCGCUUCACGUUUGAGAUGGAGUCCAGCUUAUGGGGACCUUUCUUAAGUGUGGUGAACGGAGAGCAGGCCAGACAGAUUGACCGCAGAUAUUGGCACCUUUCCUCUGAUGGCACUGCAAUCAAUCAGGGUAUCAAUGACUUCAAGAUUGAGGCGGCUCAGAAGAUCACCAUCAAAAACACCAGCUACUGAGAAUCAGUCUUUGCUGCUUCAACUGAUGAGAAUCAAAAUCAAUUUACUCUUGUUUUUUUCCAUCCUUUGUCAUUUCAACCAGUGACUUAAAUUGUCUCAGACAUUUUGAAUUGAACUGUCCUGUAAUUCAGACUGAUCAAACUUCUGUGUGUAAUUUGUCAAAGAUUUGUCUUAUAUUAUUGUGCUUUUGAGUUCUGAUGGCUUUAAACAAAGAGUUUCUGGAGGUUUGUGAGCUUUUUCUUUUUUCUUCUUUACAAAUAAAAUAUGAAUUUGUGAAAAAUGCAAUUUACAAAGGAGAUAAUUUGUAAUCUAUAGCAUGCAAUCUGGGUGUAGUUGUAGUUUCCUUGUGUGCAAAUAAUGUUAUGAAUGUUGAUUUCCAUGAAAACACAUUUAUAUCUUGUAAAUAAAAAAGAAAUUAUCGGGACGAAUCUGUGACGAGAUCGAACUGCCAUUAGACAUAUCCAAAAUACAUAUUCAAUAAAUAGAAAAAAAUCUAUUGUUUAAUUUUGUGAAGAUAUGACAAUAUUUUUAAGAUUUUGUCUUCUGUAAGAAUUAUUCUCUGCUUAACCUUUUUAUCCAUCUGUAACAUUACAUGUUUUGGCGAAGAUAAAUAACUUGCAGUUUGUCAAACAAACACUAAUCACUGGUUACCAUGUUAAUCUCUUUACACCUACACAUAGAUUGUGUACAAACCCAUAAUACGCAACACAGUCAGUAUAUCAUUAAGUGUGUGAAAUUAAUAAACAAUGAAUUUUACCUUUAUAGUAAA